AAAGGGCUUCGUGUCUGCUGUCCGUCUUUCUCUCAUCCUCUGGCAAUCCUUCUUCGCCUUAUCCACUUAUUUAUCACAGCACACCCAUUGCCCAUCUAUCAGACUCCUUUGUUCAGUUCUCUUCUUGUCCUUCCUUAUUUCCUUCAACUUGCCUUUUCCUGGAGACAAUUCAAUAAUACCCAUUUUCUUUUUUGUUCUUUUCUUCUAAGGAAUCAUAUCAAUGGGCUGUUGAAGAAAAAACCAAAAUUUACCUUUUUUUUUUUUUUUGCUUUCUUUUUUUAAGUUAAGUUAUCAGUGAGAAGCAGGAAGGAGAGUGAAGAGGAAAGGAGAGGAUGUCUUGUUUAUUGCCACAGUUCAAGUGCCAACCUGACACUUUCUCUAUCCAAUUCAGAGCUCACCACUCUCACCAUUUAAAACAUAAAGAAUCUGUAUGUUUCCGGGCACAAUGUGUUUUAUCUACUACUUCACCAUCAACAUCGACAGCGACAACUGCAGUGCUUGAUGUAGAGAAGCUAAGAUUACCAUCUUUUGAAGCUAAUCCAAAUUCAGUUGUGGCUGAUAGAUCAUGGACAUACAUAGGGGCAACUGGUCCGCCCUCAGAGGCAAGAUUUGGAGCAACUUUAGCAACUGAAAAUCUUCUUGCAAGUGAUGAGGCUGUAAUUGCUGCUGCUGCUGCUGAAGCAGUAGCUCUUGCACAAGCAGCUCUUAAGGUUGCUAAAGAUGCUGCCUUGAUGGUUGAGAACUACUGUUCUGCAAAAACGAAAAUGAAAUCUGCAGCAUUUUCUGCAAGUGAUACUUCCACAUCCAAGUGGGCUCUGUUUAUUGAAGCAGAGAGGGCUGGUAUUGCUGGAGAUUUCCUCACAGAUGAAGGUGAACUGGAAGAAGAUGAUUCAGAACAAAAUUCCACAAAAGAAUCUGAUGAACUAGAGCCAACAAAUGAAGAACUUGAACUUCUUGAGGAACAGUUAUCCAGAAGUAUAGCAGUGAGGUCAAAGCGCCAACCUGAACGAAAAGCCAGAAGAACAAGAGCAGCAGAGAAAGCUGCUGCCAAUGUUGUUUCUGUGAAGUUUGGUUCUACCAAAAAAAAAAGGCGUGGUGCUUUAAAAGAUGUAGACUACUCUGAUUCAUUGCGUUACUUUAGAGGGACUACCAGUACUUCCAGGCUUCUCACUGCUAAUGAAGAACUUGAGUUGUCGGAAGGAAUACAGGACCUACUGAAACUGGAAAGGCUCCAGGAGGAGCUUGCAGAGCGAUGUGGAGGACAGCCAACCUUUGCACAGUGGGCUGCUGCUGCUGGAGUUGAUCCACAGACCCUGAGGAGGCGCAUAAAUUAUGGUGUACUUUGCAAGGACAAAAUGAUUAAAAGCAACAUACGGCUUGUUAUUUCAAUUGCAAAAAAUUAUCGGGGAGCUGGAAUGAAUAUCCAGGAUCUUGUUCAGGAAGGAUGCCGAGGCCUUGUAAGGGGUGCUGAGAAGUUUGAUGCUUCUAAAGGUUUCAGGUUCUCAACUUAUGCUUAUUGGUGGAUUAAGCAAGCGGUACGGAAGUCUCUCUCUGAUCACUCUAGGACAAUUCGCCUGCCAUUUCACAUGGUUGAGGCAACAUAUAGAGUGAAGGAGGCUAGAAAGCGAUUGUACAGUGAAAAUGGAAGACAGCCUGACAAUGAAGAAGUUGCAGAGGCAACAGGGCUCUCCAUGAAGAAGCUCACUGCCGUUCUCCUCACGCCUAAAGCUCCGAGAUCUCUGGAUCAGAAGAUUGGGAUCAACCAAAAUCUCAAACCUUCGGAAGUAAUUGCGGAUCCUGAAGCAGACACGACAGAAGAUAUCCUGCUCAGGCAGUUCAUGAAGAAGGAUCUGGAGAAGGUGUUGAACAGUCUGAGUCCAAGAGAGAGGCAAGUGAUCAGAUGUAGGUUUGGAAUGGAGGACGGAAGGAUGAAAACUUUGCAAGAAAUCGGGGAGUCGAUGGGUUUAAGCAGAGAAAGAAUCCGGCAAAUUGAGUCAUGUGCCUUUCUGACGUUAAAAAACAAAAAGAGAACAAAACAUCUGCAGCGAUAUUUGCUUUCAUAUGCCUAGUAGGAUCGAGGAUUCAGGUUACUGAUGAACCUUCUAACAUGCAUAGUUGUUUACGAAAUACUUAUUUCUUUUUCAUUAGCCUGGGGUACAAAUGUGUCUUUCCUUUUAGGUGGUGCCUACAAAUGGUUGUUCAUAGAAAACAGAAAUAUUUUUUGAAUGAAGCAUUUCACAACUUUUUUUUUCUACCAAAGAUAAAAUUCAGACAGCAAUAACA